AUGCAAAUGUUUCGAGUAAAUAAAUCUAGAAAACCGUGGUCAGUUGAAGAAAAGCAAUUUGCGAUUUCGCUUUUUUAUAAUACACCUGGAACAUUUUUGAGAAAUGUACAAAAAAUUAAUUUACCUAGUUUAAGUACUAUUAAAAGAUGGAUUGGUAGUUCAAAGUUUUCACCUGGUUUUAUAAAUAGUUAUAUGGAACAAAUAAAAAUUAAAGUUAACGCGAUGGAUAAUGAACAAAAGUAUUGUGUCAUUGCUUUUGAUGAGAUGUCCAUAAAAAAAUAUUUGGAAUAUUCUAAAUACUUAGAUGUAGUUGAAGGUUAUGAGGAUCUUGGACAUAAAGGAAGAAAUGACAAAGUAGCCUCUCAAGCGUAA